AUGAUUGAAAGGUUCCAAGAUAUCAAAAUCAUAUUCGUUUUUAUUGAAGUGUGGGGAAAUCAAAGUGAUCGCCUGGAUGACUUGUUUUCUUGGUGCUCGAAAACAGGAGCUUUCAGUGUUGUAGCAAUGUUUUUGGAGUCAUCAGAACAAAUAUACAGUAUCGAUCCUUUUCCCAAAUCAGAGAUUGUUUCAGCCUCACCUGCGAUGAUUGGCGAUUUAUUAUUCAUUGAUAAGACAAGAGAUUACAAAGGAGCGGUUUUGAGGAGAGCCUUAAUUGACGAUUUUCCUCGCUCUUAUAUGUAUACCAACGAUGAGGGAAAAGCAGUAAUUGUGGGGCAUAAUUCAAUAUAUGUUAGCGAGUUUAUUCGCCAUAUGAAUGCAACAAUGGUGGAUGUUUUGAACGAAGAUGGCAGUCUUAUGAAUAUAUUUGAAGCCGAGAAUUCCGUCUCUGAAGGAAGAGCUGACAUACCGACCGUGGCGCGCAGUAGCAUUUGUAGGAACAACAUUAUGUUCACCGUACCAGUUAUCUCUUCACAAUACUCAUUUCUCGUCCCUUUCAGUAAAAGUGUUCCACCCUCUGCUUAUAUUACAUUACCAUUCAAUUUGGAUGUUUGGGCACUAGUGGCAGUUAUCACUAUAUUCAUAUCAUCUGCUGUGUAUCUGCAUAACUGGAUUCUUGAAAAUUCAAGCGAUUUCAUGAGGGUAUUAUACAACACGAUGUUGGGAAUUGCCUCUCAAUCGAUUCCACAAGAGUCGUUCACUUCUUGGCGGUACAGAUAUAUCCGGAUACAUCUCAUUACAAUCGGAUUCAUUUUGACGAACUUAUACUUGGCAUAUUUGUCCAGUUUUCUGACCACUCAAGUAUAUGAACCUCAACUCAAAUCUUACAAGGACAUAAGAGAUCGAGGUCAGAAACUGUUAGCGGUGAAUUUUCAUUACGAUUAUUUUGAGCAGCGAAACCUUACUCCCGAUUACAGUGACGAGAUUGUCACACUUAUAAACAGGGAAACCUAUCUUAGUAUCAUUUUCACCAUGAAUGGAACCUAUGGCAUUGGUCUACCCGAGGAGGAAAAGGCGCUUAUCGAAUUUUAUCAACGCAAUUUGAAACGACCAGUUUUCUUUGAUCCGUCAUUAGAGUUUCCAGUAGCAAUGCCAGGAACUUUAGUGCGAAAGAAUUCCACAUUUCUGGUACAUCUGAAUAACUUUAUUUUGAAUUUAUGGGCUUCAGGCCUUUUGAACUAUUGGAGGAAAGUGCACGGUUUGGAAACGAUACGCUUGAAAUUCAGGGCGAAAGUUGAAAGGACAGACAGCCCAAAGAAACUCAGUUUGGAACAUAUUGAAUUCAUUUUGCAAUUUCUUUUUUGUGGACUGAUGUUUGCUACUCUUUCCUUCCUAAUGGAGUUGCUUGUGGUGUAUAUUCAAAAGACAAAACAACGAAUGGAGGGCUAUGGAAACCUCCCCAAUGUGGCUGGUGCCGAGAACUUGGUGUGCGAACCUCAACUGAAAACCUACAGGGACAUAAGAGAUCGAGGUCAGAAACUAUUGGCAGUGAAUUUCCACUACGAAUACUUUGAACAACGAAACCUUACUUCUGAUUAUCGCGACGAGAUUAUCAUACUUAUAAAUAGGAAAGCGUACCUUCAUGUCAUUUUCACCUUGAAUGGAGCUUAUGGCAUUGGUCUACCGGAGGAGGAAAAGGUACUAAUUAAAUUUUAUCAACGUAAUUUAGAAGGACCGGUUUUCUUUGAUCCUACAUUGGAGUUUCCAGUGCCCAUCUCAGGAAUGCCUUUUGAACAAUUGGAGGAAAACGCUAAGUUUGGAAACGGUACAUUGAAAAUUCAGAACGAAGGUUGA